AUCGACUGCUUGGUACAUAGCAUCAAUGAAAGUACGUGUUAUAGAUCGAUUCCUUGUUUGUUGCUGCUUCGUGAUUGCUUCAAAGAAAACCCGUGAAGAUUUGAUUAUUUACAUAAGACGGAAAUUCCUUUUUGUUUUUUCUGUUGUUGUUCAUCCGUUUGUUUAUAACUCAUACGUUGCACACCUGAUAAACUAAUGAACAACAGAGUGGUCUUUCACCUUUAGCUCCCGGAAAUUGGAGAAGCCUCUUGGCGGCAUAUGCGAGUUUGUACGUAGUUGCGGCGCUGGCGCGUCCGUUUCGGAUCGCGUUUGCCCUCGGGGUAACCCACAAAAUGGAACAUUUUGUUCAGCACGUUCAGAAACGAAUAGGUUGUACACGAACGAAUGCCAUCGGGUUGAUUUUUGGCUUUGGAGUUGUGAUGUGGAUUACGUGCUGCGCCGCAGGGGUGACGCUGGCGAGCACCCUUGCGGGAGUUCCGGUAUGGAAAUACGAUUGAAUAAAAACGCAACACAACAAAGCAUAAGUAAGCAACGCUCGAAUAAAACGAAGAACAAUACAAGCAAGCGGUAAGAAUCGCAGCAAAGACAUUAAUCGUAUGCAAAAUAAUAUCACUUCAAAGGU